CCCCCGCCCGACGUCGCCGCCGCUGCUCCGGCUGCGGCCCCGGCCAAGGCUACGGCCGCCAAGAAGCCGAAGAAGGCGGCGGGCGCCGCCAAAGCCCGCAAACCCGCCGGCCCCAGCGUCACCGAGCUGAUCACCAAGGCCGUCUCCGCCUCCAAGGAGCGCAAGGGGCUCUCCCUCGCCGCCCUCAAGAAGGCGCUGGCCGCCGGCGGCUACGAUGUGGAGAAGAACAACAGCCGCAUCAAGCUGGGGCUCAAGAGCCUGGUCAGCAAGGGCACCCUGGUGCAGACCAAG